AUGAUGGCUAUCUCAAGGCGUCAAAUAUUACGCCUUUUAAGGGUCCGUAAUCUUCUAAUGCUGACUCUGAUAGCUUUACUGCUGUACAUAGUUAAAUUACUGAACAACCUAGAUGCUGGCAACCAAUUCUCAAAUCAAGCUCUUGAAGUGAUCCGCGCACCACUGAGGUUCCGACAGGAUAAAGACCUUUUUGUACCAGCUAAAUUAAAUAAAAUCGACUGGCAUGACUAUGUUUUGUUAGAUCAUGAAAGGAAACGAGUGGGUAUCGGUGAACACGGAAAACCAGCAUUUUUGCCAAAAUCUGAAAGUGAACACGAAAAGGCGUUAUAUUCUGUGAAUGGUUUCAAUGGUGCGCUGAGUGACAAAAUUCCACUGAAUCGUUCUCUUCCCGACAUUCGGCAUAGUAAAUGUGCGACGAGACUGUACAUUGCGUCUUUGCCUACUGUGAGCGUUGUGGUUCCCUUCCACAACGAGCAUUGGAGUACGUUGCUCAGGACUGCCUUUAGUGCGCUGCUCCGUUCACCCAGCACUCUGUUGAGGGAAGUUAUUCUAGUCGACGAUGCGAGUACCAAAGAUUUUUUAAAGGAGAAAUUAGAAGUAUAUUUAGCAGAACAUAUGCCGAAGGUGAAAGUCAUAAGGCUGGAGAAGCGAAGUGGACUUAUCACGGCUCGUCUAGCCGGUGCGAAGGUAGCCACGUCUGAUGUACUGGUCUUCCUGGAUUCCCACACCGAAGCCAAUGUCAACUGGUUGCCGCCACUACUAGAACCGAUAGCCUUGGACUACCGAACAGUUGUUUGUCCGUUCAUUGACGUGAUUGCAUACGACACAUUUGAGUACCGCGCACAAGAUGAAGGCGCCAGAGGUGCUUUUGAUUGGGAGUUCUUCUACAAACGGCUGCCUAUACUGCCCAAGGACGAAAAGAAUAUGCCUGAACCUUUCGAGAGUCCUGUAAUGGCCGGUGGUUUGUUCGCGAUAUCACGCAAGUUUUUCUGGGAGCUCGGUGGAUACGAUCCUGGUUUGGACAUCUGGGGGGGAGAGCAGUAUGAGCUUAGUUUUAAGAUAUGGCAAUGCGGUGGUCGCAUGAUAGACGCGCCAUGUUCCCGCGUCGGUCACAUCUACCGCAAGUUCGCGCCCUUCCCCAAUCCUGGACAUGGUGACUUUGUGGGCAAAAAUUACCGCCGUGUAGCCGAAGUGUGGAUGGACGAGUACGCGCAGUUUCUGUACGCGAGACGUCCUCACUAUCGGACCAUUGAUCCAGGCGACAUCUCCGAGCAGAAGGCGCUGCGAGAGCGACUGCAAUGCAAGUCUUUUAGGUGGUUCAUGACGCAGAUCGCAUUUGAUCUAACAGCGAAGUACCCGACGAUAGAGCCGAAACCAUUCGCUAAAGGACGUGUGCGACCAGUAGCCAAUCCGAACGUAUGUAUAGACGCGCGCGACGGUGAGAGGCUCGAGAGACUGAGCAUCACGGACUGUGCUGACGUCAUCGACCCUGAACAGAACUUCAUCUUCUCCUGGCAUAAGGAUGUCAAAGUAUUAUCCCGCAACAUGUGUUGGGAUCUCCCUGAGACCGCGGCCCAGAGUCCUAUAAAGCUGUUCUCCUGCCAUCUUGGUGGUGGCAAUCAGUUGUGGAAGUACCUAACGGACACGAAACAAAUAAAGCAUGGUUCAGGUGAACACUGCAUAGACUGGAAUCAAAGAACAAGAGAUCUAUUUAUCAACACCUGUGACCUUGCCAGCGAAACCCAGCGGUGGAUAGUGGAUACCGUGGACAACGAAAUGAUGGCCAAGUGGAGCUUAGCAAAGACAAGAGUCACUGGACCUAUAGAAGACCCCUAA